AUUUGUAUUUUUAUUUUUAUUUAAAUUUUAUUUUCUUUUGUUUUUUGUUUUGAAUUUUUGAGAUUUUUUUCUAAAUACUAAAUAUGUAUUUUGUGUUUUUUAUUAUUAUUUUUUUUUUAAAUUUAUUAAAUAUUUUACAUUUUAUGAGACAUUUAUAAAUACAUUUUCGCUAUUAGUUUUGUAAACGAAAAAUCAAGAACAAAAAGAAAAAAAAACAAAAAUACGAAUAAAAAAAGUUUAUAAAUAAUUACAAUAUUGUUCGUUUGUUACUUUGUUUUUCUUUGCAAUAAAUUAGGGUUUUGAGGAUCUUUCCAAAUUAUCAUGAUAAAAGAGUUUUGCAAUUCAAAUGUUUAAUUGCAAUCUAAAGUAACCAUAAAUAUUGUUAUGAAUGUGAUUUGAUUUAUAAAUGGAUUCCCACAGCGGUGGUGUAUAUAGGUAUUGUACGAAACAUCGCCAAAAAUGGAAUUCGGAUUAUUACAUGAAUACUAAUAUGAGGAGAUUGUUUCAGUCGUUAUUACCUUCGUAAAAUCAAAUGCAGCUUAUGAAUUCCAGACACAUCCUUAAAAAAGACACUGAAGUAAGUUAGGUUUGCAUAUUCCUUUAUACUGAAGUUCAGUGUAAAAUAUCUAUUUAUGUACAUACAUACUAAAGAAACAAAUAUUAGUAAAAUCAUAUCGAAUCAAAUACUAUUUUAAAAUAAUGUACUUCUGAAUAAUUAAAAUUCAUAACAUUAAAAUAAGUUAUCAUAUAAACGAUAAUGUGACCAAAUAUCACCAUUAAGCUUGAUCGAAAUCCCCCUUAGAAACAUGCAUACUUUUCAUUUUAUAAAUGUUGAUUCUGUAUCUGGAGCAUGUCUGCUAAUUUACAGGUGUGAACUCGAACCACAUUCUAGGUUGCAUUCUUUUUUCUAUUUCUUUUAAAAAUGGAAUGACUGUGGGUAUAAGGUACUAAACAUCUCAUUUCUUGAUCCAACGGCAUUUGAUUAUUUUAGGAUUUUUUCAGGAACGGAAAUAAUAGCAUACAUCUGUUAAAAAGGUAAUAUGUUGAGCCCUAGAAGAAUUUCAUUAUUGAACUUUGAUAAAAAAAGCAAAUCAUACGGAGGCUUUAUUGCAACAUAUGAAAAUAUGUGACUGAUAUAUGAAUAUGUAUAUAUAACAUUAAGUUCGAUUUAAGGGAAGACUAGAAUGCUCUUAUCAUAGCCUUUUUAUUUAGCUUAGUUUUUUUAUCAAAGCACAAAAGAAAAUUUAUUUAGGUGAGAAUUUAAUUGAAUGCAAUCCGGAAGUCUUCCGGAAUCCUUCUGAAAACAUUCUUCUCACUCACUAAUUAUUCGAAGUGUUUCUUUUAAUAUCGUCAAAUUCAAAAAAAGGGUUUAGUUGAGAUCUUGGUUCGAAGACGGAUUGCGGAUUAAGUUAUUAACUAGUUAUGUAAGCCAUUUCUUAAUUGUUUUCAUUGAAAAAGUCUUGUUUAAUUUAUUUAUUUAUGUAAAUAAGGUUUCCAAAGAUUCACUAGGGACUCUUGCAUGUUCUAUUUCUUCCAAAUUUUUGCUUUAUCUGCUAUUAUCUCGUCUCCAACUUAAAGUUAAAAUGCGUCUGGUAAAACACUUUUACAUGCCCACUGACAAUUAAUAAUGCUUUAGUUCUUAAAAGAAGAAUAUGUGGAAAAAGCAAGCACACGAUGAAGACGAGAAUUACUUCGACUAGUAGUGUAGAUACAUAUUAGAGAUGAGUUUUUUUUUUGUUGUCGUGUGUAUGUAAAUAGAUGGUAUCUGCUACCUACAAGGCCUUGUUUAUUGUACUAGACUAUUGUAUCUCGAAUGUAGUUACAAGGUUACUUAUUCAUUGCCAACCAGACCCGAGCCAAGCUGAGAGUGCUGUAGACAAAACUAAACAUUAGAGGCGGGACUUGAGACUGCGGGAGAGGUAAAAAAAAACUUUGCUGGGGGUGAAUGAAUCACAUCGGAUUCCCCGUAAACAAAAACACACCCAACAUAUAGACAUUAUUCAGACAAGUCUUUGGCGAUUGCCAACAUCAUCAUCAUUUUCAUGAUUCGUAAUUAUCGACGACGUUAUCAUCAUUAGAGGGCAACGAAAAAGUAUCAUUGCACUAUUUGUAUAUUAUUCUUGUGCCAAUUGUUGAUAACACCAAUUAGCUUGGAUGUCAUUUCAUUUUAGCUAGUUUUAUUGAUUUGAGAAUCUUAUUUCUAAUAAUAGAUGAUGAUUGAGUGAUAAAGAUUACGUUUAGAAAUUAUUUGUGUGUUAUAAAGUCAUUUUAGUUUAUUUGUAAACAAUUUAAUCAAAAUCGAAUCGUUAGAAAUUGCAUCAUAAUGUCGUGGUAUCGCUUUACUCCGUUCGUAUUAAUGAAUAUUACAUUUUUUUUUGUUUUUGCAAACUGGGACACAUGAAAAAAAAAGGAACCAUUAAAUUUCCUGUGAUAAGAAGCUUUGAUAGCAAAAGAAAGAACAAAACUAAAUUGAUGUGUGGUUCUGGGAACGUUUUAGAUUGGUUUGGUGGUGGUUUGUUAUCAUUCAGUUCAAUGGAAUUAAAAUAUGAUAUGAACGCAUUUUUGAUUGCAUAGUUAUAGUUUUUUGGACUCAAAUAUUAUAAUAGAAAUAUUUAAUGAGAAAAAAAUGAAUUAAUGAAUAAUUUAAACACAUAUUCCACAUAUUUAUAAGUAGGUAAAUUGAAGAAAAGAAAACAGAAAAGAUGAAUAACUUAAUUUAAAAAAUGAGUCACAUUAACGUCUGUUUGUUGUUGAUGGUGGACUCGAGCAUCUAGGGGACAAAAAUAUAAUUUACACACCAUGUCGAGAGUAGAGAUGACAAUGCUCGCUGCUUGGUUAAACGAGAACAAACAGAUGUUGAACAUGAAUUGUUUAUGAGUAUGUCUCUAAAGAAAAUCAAGUAUUUUGUUUCUUAAAGAAAGGAGAAUUUAAAUGUGGAAUGGAAUUUAUUUCUUUUAUAUAACUACAGGAAUCGAAUGGAUUUUUGUUUCUUAUUUGGGUGAAUAACCGUUAAGAUAUUGCUUUGAAAACAACAAUACAAAUCUGCAUUAAAAAUAUAAUUUGAUAUAAAACUACGAAUAGUUAUGUGUAAAAUUUUUGUCUGGAUACGAAAUUUAAAUGGACCCAACCGAAAACAUUUUCUUUCGUGAAAGUGAUUUUGUAUGUGAUACAAGUGACAAAUAUUUUUUUUUUAAUUAAAGGGUAGGUAAUUGAAAUGAAAAUAGUUUCUGAUUUCUUGAGUACGCCUGCUUAUUCUUAACAGUUUUAAAUCCUAAGAAGAAUGUUCCUGUUGAUAUUCUUAUGAAAUAUGUGUAGAAAAGUAAAGAAACUUCAUUGUUGCUUUGAUCAACAAAUUGGUCUCAAUUAAAAUUGAAUUAUUAAUAUUGUACAUUAAAAUGGAACAGUACUGGUAAAUUAUCACCUUGUUCUCCAUAGUCUAGAAUGACCUGUUUUCAAAAAGAAAUAUCAACACAGUAAAAUUAAACAAAAGCGAUAUUUUCCUUAGACAUUACUCUUUUUUCUAAAGCGACUAAAACAAUAAAAACAGAGCAUAUACGCUCGCGUUGCGUUAGGUUAACAAAUGCUUUGAGGAUUUUUUGAAUUUUUUUAAGAAAAAGUCCAUGCUUAAACAAUAGACCUUUUGAAAAUUGCGCACUUUUUGUGAUAUUUACUCUGAAUUAAGUUGUAAAUAUGAGUCAUAGUUACAUUUUUGUAUUCUUAGUUUUUGAUGAGCUUCAACAAUCAUAUUCCCACAGCAAAACAACUUUUUCGUUAGAUGUACACAAUACACAUGUAUAUCAAAUUAUUUUUGGGGUUGCUAAUCUCAAAUUAGGUCUGGGUACGGUUGCCACUUGAAAAAAAUUUGAAUGACCAAAGCUGAAAAUAAAAAUGACUAAUCGUACCAAAAAAGGACCAACAUAAUUUUUGUCCGCAACGGUUUUUACUUGCCAUAGGAAGUUAUUGUAAUUGAUCCGAUUUCAAGGUUUCUAGAGUCUCUUUGGCCAGCAUUAUAGUAUUAAUGGUAUCAACAUUAAGUCUACCUUUAGUUUAAAAAAAAUGACCAAAUGGAAUUAGAAAUGACCAUGCUACCAAGUAAGAAAAUUAUGACCAAAUUUGGUCGUAAACGACCAAACUGGCAACCGUCGUCUGGGAACUCGACAUUACUAUACUGAUUUUCUUAUAGAUUACCCCAAAUAUCGGUUAUUAUUGUACCUAUAUCUAUUUAAGCAAGAAAAAAAAACAACACACUUCUCGAAAUUAAAAAGAGCAAAACAGAAAUGUAUUUAUUCUUCAAAUUUAUUACUUAAAGCAGGUAUGUUGACCCAUCAAAUCUGUAGAAUCAUACAAAAUGCAAUUCUUUUCAUUUAUUUAAAUGAAAUAUAAAAAUAUGUUUCAAACGAAAUCUGAUCGGAUAUUAUAUUCAAUGCAUUUGCGCUCAUUCAUGAAAAUUUCCAUUACCCAAUGCAAGGCGGGGUCAGCCCCGAACAACUUUAAAUUGGGACAAGCAUUUUAUUCCCAAACUUCGAUUUGUUUUGUAAAGAGGUUCUGCAUUAAUCGUUGGUGUUGGUUUUCUGAGCUUCCUUUCAGAGGUAAUCCAAAAAAUAUAAUGUAAUUCUUUUCAAACUGUGCAUUUCAAGAUUUCGGAGAAUUCUGAAAUAAUUUCAAAUUAGAAAUUUGAUGUGACUUUUUAUUUAUUGUUUUUCUUCUUUUUUUCUUUGCUCCUGCAUUAGACAAUUUUUGAUAUAAAAGGAGAAUUUAAACAUAAGCUCGGAUACAGUUGAAUAAUAUAUUAGAACUAUCGACAUGAAGUUCCAAGUUAUAAUCAGUGUUGUUGUUUUUUUGGCAAGUUUUUUGCUAACAACCUCUGAAGGAUUACCAUUUAAAGACUACGGAUUAGCAUCGGUUGCUGAAUUUGAAGAACCAUCUGGCGAUUUGAGGCGAGACAAAAGGACUUUAACUACAAUUUGUGUUGAGAUUAAGCCAAGUACUCCUUAUGAAGAACCAUAUUUUAUGUGUAAAGGAACUGACAGUCCAAAAUAUUCAAAAGGCAGCAGUAGUAGUACCAGUGAAUCAUAUUCAUCAUCAAAACCAAGUUACAAACCAUCAAAACCUUCUACGCCGUAUGUGAGUGGAGAAAGUGAUUCAUAUCAUUCGGGAGUGAAGAAAAAUAAUGACUACCAUGUUCCAUCGAAACCGUCAGAAUAUCACACAGAACAUUUCAAGUAUGACCGGCCAUCGUCACCAUCAUCUUAUGAUUCAACAAAUAAAGAAUAUUCAUCACCAUCGAAGCAAAGUUACGAUACAAAUCCUUCGUAUAAUGGUCAUGGAAUUCAUCAGAAUGAAGCAUUCCACGAGUAUGAGGUUCCACCGAAAGCAUCAUCGUAUGCAUCAGCCAAACCAUCAUCAUUUGCAGAUCACCAUGACAGCCCGGAUGAUUAUAGCAAAACCAAGUUCCAUCAAGCUCAUAAAAUGACGUAUGAAAAACCUUCUGCACCAGUAUACUCAUCGAAGCCACAAACUUAUAACCACGAAAAUCCAUCACCGUACGACCACAGAUAUGUGCCAGCGGGGUACUCAAAACCAAGUUCGUAUGAGAGCCAUGCUGUGACAUCAGGUGGUUAUGCUAAGCCAAGCAGUUCUUAUGACCAAUCAGAAAACUCCAAACCAACUUCUUAUGACCACAACAGCUCGCACGACUCCAGUCCUUCUUAUGGUGGAAAAAGCCACUCCAAAGCCUCAUAUGGUGGGGGAGACGAAGGGCACUCAUUCAGUGCGCCACCAGAAACGAAGGUCCUCUAUUCUAAGCCAGUAUCUUAUCCUGCUACUAAGCAAACAUCUUACGAACACGCCGAUAACACGCAGUAUGGUCAACAAAAGCUAUCCUACAGCGAAAAGCCAUCAUCGAAAGCCUACUCGAAGACAACCCAAGACUAUGGAAAACCAGCUCAAGCACCAGCAUACGGUUCACAUGAACAAAGUUAUUCACAUCAACCACAAAACUACCGAAUGAUGCCUCCAGAAUUGAUGCAACCAGCAUGGGAACCACAGCCUCAACAACUACAGUAUGAAAGUUUUGGUUAUAGGUCGUAUGCUUCACCACCGUCAUUGGAAUAUCAAAACCUUGAAAGUCCAAGAGCAAUGAACCAGGAAACGCAUAUGAGUGCAGGAUUGGCGGAAGGUCCUUUGAGGUUUGACUUAAUGGACUCUAAUCAAGAUGGACCCACACUGCAAUCACCUUAUCAACAUCAAGCAUAUUCAUCUUCUGCUUAUCAACCUCAUGCCAAUCAAGGUCCAACACACAGUCCAGUUCCUCCAUCAUAUACUCCUGCUGUUCCAUCGUACGCUCCAGCAGUUCCAUCGUACCAUACUCCCGUCCAGCCCUUCGCAGCACCAUCGUACGCUCCAGUUCCGCAUCCUUCAUAUGCCCCACUUUCAGUGCCAUCUCCUACUUAUGCACCUGCUGCUCCAGCUCCGCAUUUAUCUCAAAUUUCUUCAGUGCCUGCUUGCCGACAAAACUACAUGUACAGUUUUCAACCAGUGAUUAUGCCAGUGCCAUGUUAUUCUAUGUCUGCUGGUUAUUCUUCACCUGCCUACGGUCAACCACUAGGUGCUCCAUUAAGUCAUCAAGCACUUCAGGAUUACAGCAGCGCUCGUUCCGAGACCAGUUCUGAACCAAACACUAAACCUACGCCACAAGACAAUUCGGAUUCUCAAGAAUCUCACGAAAGCAACAAGAAAUCAGAAUCGGGAUUUGAAACAACUCAAACCACAGAAAUAAAAUCAGAGAAUUUAAAGAAACCUUCAGAGAUCGCAGCCGAGGAAAAGCAUCAAAAACAAUUAGCAGAAAAUAAUUCUCAAGAUCAAGUUGUGGCAGCAGCUGACAAACCCAUCAUCACGAAAGAAGAUCAAGAAGCUCAAACUGCUACAUCAGCAGCACAGCCUCAGAAAAUUGCUGAACGUCCAAAUACAAAGGAAGCCUAUAAUGCUAUGAUGAAAAUGGCUAGAAUUGCAGCUCAACUCAAUAAAGAUGAUAAAGGGGCGGCACCUGUAGAGGGAUCGGCAGCAGUGCAGGUAAAUGGAAAACCAGCUGAGCCAUUGCCACAGUUUAAAAGUGUUAGUUUAAUUUUAUGGCUGGGCUGUUUAUGCCAAGUGUCCUUAUCUCAAAACUGGGAACAAGUUCAAGUUCCAGGAUUUGAAGACUAUUAUUGCAUUGAUACGUGUAAUACAGAUUAUGGUGAGGGUGCGAAACUUGUCCGAACACAGAGGUCGUUUUUGCUAAAGAAACUUUUCAAAAAAUGGGGAAAAUGGUUUCGGGAUGAUUGUGUCGAGUGUUGUCAAAAGAGUGCUGGUUAUUCUGGAGGUUCAGCUGGGGAUGGAGAUGGCAAGGCUGUGAAUCCGUGCAACACAAAUAGUUAUCAAAAUUCAAACAGUUAUGGAAGUGGCUAUGAGAAUGGAAAUUCCAAUGCAAAUUACGGAAACAGUGAUAGUCAAAACUAUGGCAGCUAUGACGAUCAAUAUAAGACAUCACCACCACCAGAAAUAAACCCCGGUCAUGGCCAUAUUUAUUUGCCAUUGCCGCAUCCUCAUCGAGUUAUGACACAUUUACAUGGUUAUUUUAAUAAUCGUCCAUUUCGUGGUGGUUAUUCUGGAGCCAAUAGUGAGGCGGAUGUGUAUCCUCCUAAGGAUGCUUAUAUAGACGAAGUCGCACCACCAGCAGCUGAACCGGAAGUUGAAACAAAUACAGCUGAUUAUGAGACACCAGUAAUAUCACCUGUCGAGGAGAGCGAUGCGUAUCCAAUUGAUGUGACUGAAGAGAAAAAGAGUGAUUAUGAUAGUUAUAGCAGUUAUAAGGAGGAUAAAAAGGAUUCAAGUCAAGGUGGAUUAACACAAAUAAUACAACCAAUUGUGCCAGUUUAUAUUUAUCCACCAAAUCAUUCGGAGGGUGGUUCUUCAUCGAGCCAAAAAUAUUCAGAAGGAGGCUCGUCGGGUCACAAGCUGUCCGAAGGAGGUUCAUCGGAACAAAAAUAUUCUGAGGGUGAUUCAUCAUUAUCUGACAAAAAAUAUUCAGAAGAACAUUCAUCAUACAAGAGCCCACCGGUAGACUCAACAAGUUCAUAUGAUUCAACAACACCUUCAAAACCAUCUUCAUCACCACCGACUACUAUUACUCUAUACGCUUUUGCACCACAUGCUCCGCAAGUUCCUUCAUAUUCAACACCUGGUUCACCAUAUUCCCCACAAACGCCAUCGUACUCACCAAUAAUUCCAGCAUACCUAUCACCCGCUUCAGCCUACUCACCGCCGUCAGCAUCAAACUCUCCACCUGCAACAUCUUACACCCCAUCAUCAUCAUCACCAUCAUAUCAAUCUCCAUCGUCUUCCCCACCAGGACAAACAUAUUCAAUCAUAUUUAUUUCACCACCUAAAUCAUCUGACUACCCAUCAACUCAAUCGUAUUCAUCUUUACCACCAAUUUAUUCUCCACCAGCUCCUGCGUACAUUGCACCACCGCCGGUCCCAUCUUAUUCACCACCAGCUUCUGAUCAUGCACCGCCUUCUGCGUUCUACUCACCACCGGCUUCAUCUUACUCACCAGCAGCUCAUUCAUACUCACCACAAUCUUAUUUAUAUUCACCUCCAGCUCCAACAUACUCGCAACCAGGCCCUCCUUACUCACCGCAAGCUCCAUCGUACAGACCGCAAGUCCCAUCAUAUACACCUUCAUACUCACCACAAGCUCCUCAAUACUCUGCAUCAUACUCACCAUCUACAUCAUCUUACGCUCCACCAGCUCCAUCAUACUCCCCACCACCCCCACUUCCUUACUCACCACCCCAAUCAUAUUCUCCUCCAGCUCAAUACUAUCCCCAACCAUCGUAUUCUCAAUCCUACUCAAAACCUUCACUGCCACAGUCAUCAUAUUCUGAUUCCGAGCCACACUCGGUGAGUCCUUCCAUUUGUGAUCCCACACCACCAUAUUACAAGCGAACAUACUCAACAUCUCUGACAUACGUGCUCCCACCUUGCAGUCCACCGUCCUAUGAAAAUGACCACAACAUGAGAUCGUGCCCGGAAUUAUUUACAUCGUAUGUUGGAUCGCCAAUGACACCGUCCUCGUCGUCAUCUCCAUACUAGACAAUCAACGCGUAGAUUGCCGCCACUAUAUGGUCACAGACGCGACUUUUAAUGACUUUGUAAAGAGUUAUUUAUUGUCAUAUAUGAGAAGCUGAUAGCUGAUUUAUUUUUAUAUAAUUUUUUUAUACCAUAUUCUUAAAAUAGAAAAUAAAAACAAAAAUACAAUAAUAUUGUAAAGUUUAAUUUUUCAUUUUACUUUCACUUUGCGUGAGUUCCUAUUUGUAGUACGCAUGGUGCAUACUAACUUAAGGAUUCAACUACCAGAGCGAAUAAUUUAUUUGGCUGAUGGUGAGCCAGUUCAUGGUCUUUUGAUAAGCUGCAUAAAUAGAAUAUUAGUGCCAGGGCCAUUGAUUAUUGGCCAUAUAGCUAAGGAAGUAUUCGCUAGUGUGUUUCUAGCUGCUAGUGCACCAUUCCUCUUCCUGCUCCUCCUUCGAUUCUCCAUCAUAAAUAUUAGCGAAGAGAAAGAUCUUGCUUUUAAACUUGCCUAGUU